GUAAAACAUUGUGUUUCAUGAAGCAUUAAAACAUUUUUUGCCAAAAUAAAUGUUGUCAAAUGUUUCAUACUUCAUUUUGCCAUAAAGAUAAACAAAUUGCUGGACACAGUUUUAGUGGUAUUCAGAUAAUAGUGGAUAAUAGAAGAUAUCAGUAUUAGUAAACGAAACGCAUAGUCACGUGACUUUCACAUAAUCAUCAAUGUUGCUAGUCCCGCGCGGACUCCACGCAAGGUUCGAGAGCCGCCAUAUUGAAAGAAUUAUAAUAGAGGAAGAAGGCAAAAAUAUAGUGAACAAAAACAAAAAAAUUUACAGCGAUCUUGCCUCGAUUUGCUGGAGGACCUGGCCCGAAUAUUAUGCCUAAAGACGAAAGACAGCGUAGCUUGGAUGUACUUGGAUUAGCUAGAAACUGUACAAAAAAUGAAAUACGUUUAGCUUAUUUCAAAAGAUUACUUCAUUGUUUUCCGGACGCGGACGACGAUUCAGUUAAAAGUUCUUCAGAUAAUUUACGGCUAGUUGCAGUUUCUCAAGCUUACUGCAACUUGUCCGAUGUAUUUGAUCCGGAAGAUGUAGACACUGAAGAGGUUUUUUUCAAAUUUCUUCAAGAAAUUUUCAAGGAUGAAAGUGGACAGUUAUUCCAUGUCUUGUUGCAAGAACAUGAAGCCACGAUGUGCGCAGAUGAUGAGUAUAGGUGUGAUGAAGAUGAUUAUGAUGUAGAUAUUAAAAGGGAUUUUGAUAAAUUGGUUGCUGUGCUAAAGAAUUACAAAAGAAAUGGAUCAGAGAUUCCCGAUGAGCUGACCGAGGAAAAGGUUUUCAAAUAUCGAGAUAACUUGUUGAGACUUAGGGAAGAUUCCAAGAAGGAUUCCAAAAAGGUUUGCAGUUAUUUUAAUCUUCAGUCGUCAAAGAAAGGAAAAACCGUACAAAAUCCUGUUGCCAAGCCCAAACCAAAGAGCAAAAAGCAACUUCUAGCGGAGCAAAGGCGACGUGAAAAAGAAAUGGCGAACAUUGCUGUGGAACUUGAAAAGAAAAAGAAAGAAGACGAAGAAAAGGAAAAAGUUCGAAAACAGUUGGAGGUAGAAAAACAAAAACGCUUAGAGGAAGAACGUAAGAAAAGUGAAGCAGAAGCGAGGAGACAAAGGGAAAGAGAACAGAAAGAACGUGAAAGGUUACAAAAGUUAGAACAAGAACGAGAGAAAAAGCAAAAAGAGGAAGAAGAACGUCGUAAGAAGGAAGAAUUGAAGAGGAAAAAACUUGAACAAGAAAGGAUCGAGAAAGAAAAAUUGGAGAAAGCAGCCAAAAUCAAGGCUGCUCAAACUGCUAAAGAAAAAGAAGAACAAGCAAAGAAUAUCAACAAAAACCAGAACAUCAAAAGGAAUCUGACUCAACGUAGUGAUCAAACAUACCCUCGUGAAAUUCCACCAAGAUUUCAACGAAUGUCCAGAAUGAAACAACAACAACAGACAACUUUUCCACAACAACAAAUGUCUUCUGUUUCUCCAGUUUUGCAACAGCAGUCAGUCUCAUCAACAGCAACAACAGCCACCACUGUUUAUCCAUCGCAAGGAAUGUCGUUAACAAAACCUGUAGCAAAACCUGCGCCGCCGAUUGUUGGUAAGAAGAAAGACCAAGAAAGAUGGACUAAAGGGGACUAUACGGGAAUUAUUGAGGACGUUCAGGAUGAUGCAGGGUGGUCCAAUGCACCACCAGCUGUUAGCACAGAAGAUUGGGAUGAUACUAGUGAAGAUUGGGGAUAUGAAGUUACAUCAUUGGAGGAUAAACCUGCAGAUGACGAAAGGGUAAUUGUGGAUAAGACAGAUCAAGAUUCAUGGCCUUCAGUGCAAGGCAAAGACGAGAAAGAAGGAUUUGUUAGCGAUGAGAAGGAGAACAAGAGUACAUUUGGGGAUACCUUAGAUGCUGUUAUUGAUGGAUUGGAAGCGGCUGAGAUGAAUUUUAAUGGUAAAUGGAACAAAGAUGGCGCAACAGAUAAUAUUAAAAGUUCAAAUGACUUCAUGAAUGAGGUUGUAGACGUUGAUAGUAUGUCAAAGGUUCAUGGAAAAGAUUUAAGACAAAUUGUUGAAAGAAGUUCGGAGAAUCCAUUGCAAAAUCCCUCAUCUGGAUGGAAAGACUCUAAUCUUAAAAAAACUUCAGAUACAACUAGCUCAGAUUUACAACAAAACCCAUCGGUUUGGAAAACUAAAACUUACGUUGAUUGGCCAGAUAAACCGGAAGUUGGCGACAAUUGGAAGGGAUAUUCAGGAGGUAAAUCCGAGCUCCCAGAGGAGACUGGCUGGGGCGAGAGUAAUGUAAACAAAUCCGUCAAUAAUAAGAACUGGAAUGCUUCGUUGUCCGCGCAGGGACUAAGUAUUACUGGAACCGAGAUCUGGGAUCAGGCAAGUGCUGAUACCAAAGGAUCUGGUGAUACUGGUAAUGACUGGACUGCCCAGGAUAAAAGUGGUAAUGAGGAUUCAAGAUGGGAUUCUGUUAGACAAUAUGAAAAUAGUAACUGGGGCACUUCCUUGUCAAGUGCUGGCUCGAUGCGAAACAAGCAAAAUUUAGGUUAUGAUGAAAAUGCGUGGCUAAGGCGUUCGCUAAAACAGUUGGUAGACAUGGGAUUUAAGGAGGCGGAUGGUGAAAAAGCUUUAAAAUCCAAUAACAUGAGCCUCGAAGGAGCCAUAGGUCAAUUACUCGCCACUCAAGGCACUCCAUCUAUGAAACAAUCGUCGAUAGCUACGUUAUUGCCAUCCGAGUUCAAUGUUAAUGCCGAAAGUACUUCAUCUCAAACGGAUAACAACGAGGAUGUAACAAAAUUGAAGCUGUCUCAACAACAGAACUUAAUGUCACAGAAUUUAGCACCCGAGGCAUUAAAGAACAACGACGAACCUUCUACGGACCCUUCAAAAACUUCUGCUUAUGUUGUUCCGUCUGUUACCUCUACGUCUGUGUCGGAGAGUGCUCGUUCACCGGCAUUAACCGAUCAACGCUCUUUGGAGUAUCUAAAGGAAUCGGAUGAUCUACGGUCUGAUAAAAUUGCUACUUCCGGAAAUAUGUGCAUCCCUGGAAACCAAGAUAACUCCAGGCCACUUUCUUCAACUGGUUCUUCGGGUGUGGGCAACUUGCCUACAGUACAAACAUCCUUACCAGUUGUAUAUCAACAACAGUUAUUGCAACAACAACAACAACAACAACAACAACAGGUACAAAUGCAACAGUUGCGAUUUGCACAUGCCUCUAGAUUAAUGAGGAAUUCUCUCGCAUCACAACCAGUUAUACUGCUUCAACAACUCGCGCAACUUAGGAUUGUUCAACAACAACUCGCUACGCAACAGCAGUUGUUGCAGAAACAACCGCAAACUAACUCAAUGCAAGUACAACAGGUUGCUGUGCAACAGCAACAGAUUGCAGCCAUGAUGCAACAGAUACAACAGCAACUUUUACAACAACAACUCCAGCAACAAACUCAACAACAAUUGACUUCCGGUCAAUUUUCAACUCCCCAACAGGAAACAUUACUUAAUGCGCAACCUCAGUUGCAACAGCUAUUGUUACAACGUAAACAACAACAGCAGCAACAGUUGUCACAGCAACAGUUGUCACAGCAACAUCGUAAACAAACUCCAUUAAAUCAUCAAGCCGAGUUAAGUGAUGAGAGUAAAGACGUUUCAUCAAGGUCAAAUUUUUCAAAGGAAGCUGUGUCUUCAUUAGUUCAAGCAGUUAAUUCUGCUCCAGCGUCACCCAGUACUGGGAAAUCUAGAUUAGGACAAUGGACUCAGAAUUCUAUUCAACCUGAAAGAACCUCUCCCAGUCUUCCUGAUGGAGGCAGUGCGCGUAAUAACCUGCGUUCGUCUCCACAGCCCGACUCUUCACCCCUUAUAUCCAGGUCGACAAACUCUCCUAGUUCAAGUCAAACAUCUUCUAGUUCGGCCCCAGGCCACCGGGUGAUCGACCCAGUCUCCAGUAGAUGGGGUAUCGAUGCUGCUCCUAAACUCUCUGCAGAACCACCAGAGUUUAAACCUGGUGUUCCAUGGAAGUCGCUUCAAGGCAAAGAUGAUAUGGUUGGUGAUAUUUCUCUGACGUCAUCAAAAAUCGUUGAUUGGUCCAGUAGUUCAAAUCAAACGGUCUCUUCAGCUUUUGUUCCCAUUACAACACGAAACAACAUACCGUCCUUGAAUCCAAGCUCAAAUUCACAAAAUUUUUCUCAGGCGAAUCAAGCAGCCAUUUGGCCAAGUUCUGUUUCUAGAAAUACAACUUCUCAAAAACAGAAUUCGUUGUCAUCAAACAUUAGACCACCCCCCGGUCUGGGUAAUGACAACAGUUUCCAUAACAUUUCCAACGUUCAUAGUCGUUCUAAUAAUGACUCUAGUUGGGGAAGCCGCAAUGAGAGUCAGAUAAACAAUACUUCACAGUUUGGUAUAAGAACACCAGGACUACAAACGUGGUCAAAUGAGAGACGAGAAGUAGGAUGGCCUGGGACUAGCGGACAGCCGCUUGAAUCUCAGCCAUCUGUUGCCCGAGUAAGCAGCGACUUGCGGGAUUUGAGUAUUUUAGGAGAGACAAUUAUUGAUGGAAACGGAGUGAGUAUGGGAUCUAAACCCGGUUUACCGUCCUCUUACAGCAAUAUAUCAACAUGGCUCGUCAUGAGAAAUGUUAAUCCACUGUUAGAUUCAAAUGCUCUUCGUACACUGUGUCAACAACAUGGUCGAUUGUUGACAUUCAGAUUAAACUCGCGCAACGGAAAUUGUCUUUUACGUUAUGAUAACAAAGAUGAGGCGGCAAAGGCCCAUGGGAAUUUAAAUGGACUUCCGAUAGCCGGCUUGAGAUUGUCGGUUGAUUUUGCAUCUGACUCUGAUAUCGGAAGUUUUUUUGAGCAGAACUCUGACUGGACUUGGCCCAAUGCGCAUGCGUCAUUGCCUAAAACUCAGACUAUUACCGAAUGGCCUGCAUCCAAGCCUUUGCUUCCAGCGGGAAAUUUUUCAUCAGAGCUUUGGUCCUACAGUCAGGCGGGUGGGUUGGCCAGCGGCAGCGGUGUAUGGUCGGCGGCGCCAAGUAGUCGACUAGAUGGCGAACAGUCAACGGGAAUGCCCGAGAACGGUCUUACUAGUCCUUCCAUGGUGACGUUUUUGCCGCCGGGUUUGUUAAACAGCAGCGAGUCGAAUUGAACUGAAAUUUAAAAAUCUUUUAUCUCUUCAUUGUUGUUUAACUUGUUUGUUGGUCUUUUUCGUGUUUGAAAUGUGUAAUUUUGUCAAUAUGUAUGAAAUAGUGCAUUCUGUAUAGAAAAAAAACAUUCAUGAAAAUAAGAGAUGAUCGAUUUAUUAGCAUA